UGUCCAAAUAAUACAGAAAGACCUAUCCAAUAGCAUGCCUAUAAAAUAAAAUCUUGUCGUUAUACUCUAGAGAUGAGGGCAAGCAUAAGCAUUGGUUAGAGAUUCAAGUACACUAUGGCAAUGAACAACGUUUCAAUGACAUGCCUAUUCCUUCUCCUUCUUCCAUUGGUCUCAUGCACCAAAAAUAAUCAGGUUUAUCUAGUGGAAUUUGGAGAGCACAAUAAUGGACAUAAAACACUGCAUGAAAUAGAGAAUACACAUCACUCUUAUUUGCUUUUGGUAAAAGAAACUGAGGAGGAAGCUAGGGUUUCCCUUCUUUAUAGUUAUAAACACACUUUCAAUGGUUUUGCAGCAUUACUUACACCAAAUGAAGCCAAUAAUCUCUCAGGGAUGGAAGGAGUGGUCUCUGUGCACAAGAGCCACACAAAGAUAUACUCAUUGCAUACCACAAGGUCAUGGAAGUUUGUGGGGUUAGAUGAGUCAUUCGAUCCUUUUGAAGAAAAAUCCAAUGAGACAAAUAGAGACUUGUUAGCCAAAGCAAAAUAUGGUCAAGAUAUUAUAGUAGGAAUGAUUGAUAGUGGUGUGUGGCCAGAUUCAAAGAGCUUCAGGGAUAAAGGGAUGGGUCCUGUUCCAAAGAAAUGGAAAGGAGUGUGCCAAAAUGGAACAGAUUUUGAUUCAUCUAAAUGCAAUAGAAAGAUAGUUGGAGCAAGGUACUACUUGCAAGGUUAUGAAAAUCAUUAUGGCCCACUAAACGAAGAGGAGGAUUACAAAUCAGCUCGCGACAAAGAUGGCCAUGGAACACACACAUCUUCAAUAGUGGCAGGGCGAACCAUUAAAAAUGCUGCAGCAAUCGGAGGCUUCGCCAGCGGUACAGCCUCUGGCGGAGCCCCCUUAGCCCGCCUUGCCAUAUACAAAGCAUGUUGGCCAAUCAAAGGAAAACCAAAAAACGAAGGAAACACUUGCGCAAACAUUGAUAUGCUUAAAGCUAUAGAUGAUGCAAUUGAAGAUGGUGUUGAUGUUUUAAGCAUUUCCAUAGGGCAUUAUGGUCCAUUGAAAUAUGAAGAUGAUGUGAUUGCUAAGGGUGCAUUACAAGCUGUAAGGAAAAACAUUGUGGUUGUUUGUAGUGCUGGAAAUUUUGGUCCUUUUCCACAUAGUUUGUCAAAUCCUGCCCCUUGGAUCAUCACUGUUGGUGCUAGUACUGUCGAUCGAACCUUUCUUGCUCCAAUUAAACUUAACAAUGGCAGAACCAUCGAGGGUAGAUCAUUUACUCCAGUCCACAUGGAAAACAGUUUCCGCCCAUUAGUUUUGGCUAGUGAUGUUGAAGAAUAUGCAGGCAUACUAAAAACAAAUUCUGGUUAUUGCCAAGACAAUACCCUUGAUCCAAGCAAGGUCAAGGGGAAGAUAGUUUUGUGCAUGAGAGGACAAGGUGGAAGACUGAACAAAAGUUUUGAAGUUCAAAGAGCUGGUGGUGUUGGAAUUAUCCUUGGGAACAAUAAAACUCAUGCAAAUGAUGUACCUUCUGAUCCUUAUUUCAUUCCUGCCACUGGAGUGACCUAUGAGAAUACCUUAAAACUUGUUCAAUAUAUUCAUUCUUCUCCUAAUCCAAUGGCACAACUUUUGCCUGGAAGAACUGUGUUAGAUACCAAACCAGCACCCUCUAUGGCCAUGUUCUCUAGCAGAGGUCCCAACAUAAUUGACCCUAAUAUUCUAAAGCCUGACAUAACAGCUCCUGGAGUAGACAUAUUGGCAGCCUGGACAGCUAAAGAUGGACCUACACGAAUGAAUUUUCGCGAUAAACGAGUUGUUAAGUUCAAUAUCAUUUCAGGAACUUCAAUGUCUUGCCCUCAUGUUUCUGCUGCAUCAGUUCUUCUCAAAGCCAUGCACCCUACUUGGAGCCCUGCUGCUAUAAGGUCUGCCCUCAUAACAUCAGCUAAAACAACAGACAACACAGGAAAUCCAAUUACAGAUGAAACAGGAAAUCCUGCAACACCUUUUGCAAUGGGUUCAGGCCACUUCUACCCUAAAAGAGCAUCAGAUCCAGGACUCAUUUAUGAUGCAUCCUACAUGGAUUACCUUCUUUACCUUUGUAAUCUUAAUUUAACACAACACAUAAACCUUACAUAUAAUUGUCCAAACCCACUACCUCAACCAUUUGAUCUCAACUAUCCAUCAAUACAAAUCCAUAAACUCAAUUACACCAAAACUAUAAAGAGGACAGUGACAAAUGUUGGUAGUAGCAAGAGUGUUUACAAGUUUAUUGCUAAUACACCAAAGGAAUUCAACAUUUUAGCCACUCCAAAUGUUCUGAAAUUUAAACAUGUUGGACAGAAAAGAAAUUUUGUCAUCACAGUGACAGCAAAUAAAGAUCAGUUACCAAGUAAGUGUGAUCCUGAGAAUUACUUUUUUGGAUGGUAUAUUUGGACCGACAAAUAUCAUGUUGUAAGAAGUCCAAUUGCAGUGUCUUUUCAAUGAAAAAACAUUAUAGUAUUCUUGUACUCAUUUUCUUACGUUAAUUAAUUUACUAGUGUUUGUUUGUCCUAAAGGACAAACUAUUGGAGAUUAUUUGAGAGAGUGAGAGAUAGGAUCACAAUAAAUAGAUAGAUAGGAUAAAUAUUAUUAGAAAUCAUGGUAGGACCAGAUAAUGUGUUCAAUAUGUGAAAGUAAUGAUAUUAUUUGAUAAUUGAUUUCAUGCA